GUGGACCAGAAGCCACAGUCACUUCCUGAAGGCAGCGGCCCAGCUCAGGUCCCACUCGCCCUGUGGCCCAUCACCCGCCUGUAGCCAUGGGGAGCCAUCAGGACUUCCGGAGCCUUCAAGCAAAGUUCCAGGCCUCUCAGCUCGAGACCAGUGAACUCCCCAAAAAACCCCUGAAGCCUGAGUUCCACAAACCCCUAAAGAAGCUUCCAACAGCCGAGCUAAGCGAGCACCCCAAAAAGCCCCCGCAGCCCGAGUUCAAUGCAGUGCCCAGGAAGCCUUCGCAGCCCAGUUUCGCUGAUCUGCCCAGGAAGCCCUCCAAACCCGAGUUCAGUGAACCCUCCAAGAAGUUCCCGCAGCUCGGGGCCCCUCAAAAGGCCUUGCCCCCCCCAGAGCCCAAAUCCAGCGCCUUCCCCAAAAAGCUACAGCAGCCUGAGCCCAACGAGGCCACCCCAGAACCCUCACAGCCCCACUUCAGUACCCUCCCGAAGAAGCCCCCGCAGCCUCAGGUCGGUGAGCUCCCUAAGAAGUGCCUGCCGCAGCCUGAGUUCAGUGAGGUCCCUCAGAAACCCCCCUGGAAGGUGGAGACUAGUGAGCCCCACCCCCACCCCUCAAAGCCUGACUUCAGUACGCUCCCCAAGAAGCCCCCACAGCCUGAGUUCGGUGGGCACCCCAGAAAGCCCCCGCAGCCUCAGGUCGGUGAGCUCCCUAAGAAGUGCCUGCCGCAGCCUGAGUUCAGUGAGGUCCCUCAGACACCCCCCUGGAAGGCUGAGUCCAGUGAGCCCCACCCCCACCCAUCACAGCCUGACUUCAGUACAUUUCCCAAGAAGAGCCCAGCCCCUCAGCUGAGUGACCUCCCCAAGAAGCUCCUGCACCCUGAUUUUGGAGACCUCACCAGGAGGUCCUCAGAGCCGGAAGUCAGUGUGGUUCCCAAGAGGCCACGGCAGUCCGAAUUCAAAGCACCUUCCAAGAAGCCCCUGCAGCCCGAGCCGGGGGGCCUCCCCAGGGUGGCCUCAGAGCCUGAGUUUGGCCUACUCCCCAGCAAGUUCCUGCAGCCUGAGUGCCAGGGGCCCCCCCGCAAGUUCUCACAGCCCGAGCCCAGUGCUCUGCCCAAGAAGCGCCCGCAUGCCGAGUUCUUUGGUGAUCUUCCCAGAAAGCCCCCUCUCCCCGGCUCUGUUUCGGAGAGCUCGCUCCCCACUGCUGUCGCGGGCCCCGGCCCCAGGCUCCCACUCAGUCUCACUCACAGUGGACGGUCGAGGCUGGGCCUCAAACAGGGCCACCCGCCCCGGCGGAGGCCUCUGCCCCCUGCCAGCAGCCUGGGACCCCCUCCAGCCAAGCCCCCGCUGCCCCCAGGCCCCAGGGACGUUCAGAGCUUCCGGAGAGCCGCAGCUGCAGCCACAGCUCUGAGGAGGGCUCGGUCCGCUGCCGCCAUCCACUUCCAGGAGCAACAGACGAAAGACAUCCCGCGGGCCCAGGAUGAGAUCUACGAGCUGUAUGACGACGUGGGGCCCACGGACCACUCCGGCCCCAGCGGCGAGGGCAGAGAUGGGGUGCCAUCUACCCAGCAACCCCCCAGGCCGCCACAAGACCCAGAGCUCAGGAAGGAGAAGGACCCCCAGCCACAGCAGUUGCCUCCUGCAGACCUUAAGUCUCUGAAGCAGAUCCGGAAGGCAGAGAAAGCCGAGAGGGAGUUCCGGAAGAAGUUCAAGUUUGAGGGGGAGAUAGUGAUUCAGACAAGGAUGAUGAUCGAUCCCAACGCCAAGACGCGUCGCGGGGGUGGCAAGUACCUGGGGAUCCGGCGUGGGGAGAUCCUAGAGGUGAUCGAGUUCACCAACAAGGAUGAGAUGCUGUGCCGGGACACCAAGGGCAAAUAUGGCUACGUGCCCAGAACAGCUCUACUGCCCCUGGAAACGGAGGUGUAUGACGAUGUUGGCUUCUAGGGUAUGUAGAUGCUCUAGGUGGGCUGGAAGGGAUCACGGUGCCUGGAAGGAGGUAACCCCUCCCACACCCCGUUUCCCCAAGGGGCUGCUAUCUACUUGGGGGGGGGCGGGUGGGCAAUGGAAGUCACCCUCCCUUCCUUGGCAGACCCUCUAGAGAGCCAUCCAUUCCCCAGGGGACAGUAAGGCCCACAGGUGUGGGUACCCAGGACAACCUGCCCGCCCAGCCACCUGCUAAACCAGGAGCCUUGGAUCCCAGCUUGGCAGUCACAGAACCAUCCAGGCUGGUGCCUGACUGCAUACAUGAACCACAUAAAGCUCCUAUUUAAAGUGA